AUGUACGACGAGGCAAACAAUCUCGAGCUGAAACUUUGGGCUCUCGACUCGUCGACACCAUAUCAAGAUUAUCACAAAGACGCAAGAUCUCAAGGCUCCAAGGAUGGCUGGUACGAGAUAUAUGCAGAUCCAAGGAUGGACACGCCACUUGGAAUCGAGGUCGUGGCACAUCCCAACUUCCCUUACGGGAGGUGUGUGCAAGUCCUCGUCACCUAUAAGAUCAGCGGCAGACUCACGCCCAACUAUCUGGUCCUCAACAAGUCUCCAGCUGGAGCAUUGACUACUGUGCUGCUCUCUUCCUAUCUUGACUUCGUGAACGGACAGUUGGUAUCCGGAAACUUGAGUGUCACCAGGCAGGUUGAGGGACAUCAUGAAACCAACCAGGAGGACAACCACCCACAAGCCUUCGAGCAUCUCUAG